ACGACAACUGACUACGUAUUGCUAUCUACAGAACAUCAUGUCUUCCCAGAAUUCUGACAUCACUUUGUACACUACACAAACGCCCAAUGGCAUCAAAAUCUCCAUCACGCUCGAAGAGCUAGGUCUCCCCUACAAAGUGCACAAGAUCGACAUCAGCAAGGACACUCAGAAAGAGCCCUGGUUUCGAGCCAUCAAUCCGAAUGGCAGGAUUCCAGCUUUGACUGACACCUUCACCGAUGGAAAGCCCAUCAACCUCUUCGAGAGCGGUGGCAUCAUGCAGUACCUCGUUGAGCGCUACGACACGGAGUACAAGAUCAGUUUCCCCAAAGGCACGAGGGAGUACUACGAGAUGAACAACUGGCUAUUCUUCAUGAACGCUGGUGUAGGCCCAAUGCAAGGACAAGCAAACCAUUUCACACGGUACGCUCCCGAGCACAUCGAAUACGGCGUGAACCGAUACCAGAACGAAACGCGCCGUCUAUAUGGCGUGUUGGACAAGCAUCUCGCUGCCGACAACCGCCCGUACAUUAUGGGCGAGAAGUGCACUAUUGCUGAUCUCGCGCACUACGGCUGGAUCGCGAGUGCCGGAUGGGCGGGCAUCGACAUCGAUGAAUUCCCCACGCUCAAGGCCUGGGAAGAACGCAUGACGGCACGUCCGGGCGUCGAGAAGGGUCGCCACGUACCCGAUCCGCACACGAUCAAGGAGCUGCUCAAGGAUAAGACGAAGAUGGAGGAGUAUGCGGCCAAGAGCCGCGCGUGGGUACAGAAGGGCAUGAAGGAAGAUGCCGCAAAAAGUGAGAAGUUGUAAGCAAUACCUAGCGGACGAGAGGAAGUCGUUCGGACUCUUUGCCACAGUGGACUGAGUCCAACGAUAACUGCCCGAAGUCAGAAAAAAGAAAUUACUCAUGUGCCGUCCCGUUGAUGAUGCGAUAAUCCUCCUUCCGUACACCAAUACCUCUGAAUACUUCUCCGG